AUGGCUGCAGCUGAUUUCCCGCCGCUUCCAUCUCCCGCUUCUUCAUCGCCCACUCGCUCUUCUGUUCCACCCCUCUGGAAGAACCUCCUCACCACCACACCCCAAAUAUCCACAAACUUUUCCCACUCGCUCUCCUUCGUCCCUACCAACAACUUUACUGCCAACUUCACCACAGAUCAAUUUGUUGCUGGAGCUCCAGAAUGGGCCUUAUCACUGAAAUGGAGUCCAGAUUUAGUUCCCAAGCGCGAGGAAUUUCCUUCCAUACCUCUCUGGGUUAAAAUCUUAAACUUGCCACUUCUCUUUGGACACCGGAAGAUGCUCUUACAGCGGCUAAAACCCGUCACACAUUCGCGCGUGUAUGUGUGCAAGUUACUAGCUCUUCCCCUCUACCUGAAGAAAUCUUCUAUUCUGUCGACGGCAAUGUCACUUCGCUUCGUGUGGCCUACGAUUGGAAACCUGAACAUUGCUCACAAUGCGGCUAUUUUGGGGGACUUUAAUAGCUGCCGUGAGCUGGGAGAAAAAAUUGGGGGCACUUCUUUGACUGUUUCUAAGAUGGGAGAUUUCAAUAAUAUGGUGUUUAAUGCUGGGAUUCAUGAUCUAUCCUCUGUUGGGCACUACUUCACUUGGCAUAAUCAGCAGCCUCAAAAUCCAAUUCAUAUUAAACUAGAUCGUAUUCUAGUCAAUAACAAAUGGCUCUACUGUUUUCCCAGCUCUUUCUACAAAAUUACGGAUCCGGAUUGCUCUGAUCACUCCCCUCUCAUCUUAGUAUGCUCUUCUGACUACAAGCGUGGCCACCGCUUUUUAUACAAAAACUACUGUACCAUUUUUCCUGAAUUUUGGGAUUGCCUUUUAGAGGUUUUCUCUCUUCCCAAUGAGAGUAGUCCUCUAAGCUCCUUCAACUUCAAGCUCAAAACCCUUAAGAAUGUUAUGAAACACAAAAGCUGGACCAAUGCUAAUCAGAUCCAAAGAGACAUUGAUAAUCUCAAAGACCUUCAACAUUCUGUUAUAUCUCAAAUUCAAAGCAACCCUCUUGAUCCUAUCUUGAAUGAUGAUUUGAAGUUUCUCUAUUCCAAAAUCAACAUCACCAAAAACUACAAUAGGAUCAAGGCUAUCACUAAUGAUCAGGGCACCUAUACCAAGCAUGCUGAUAUUGCCAACGUCUUUAUUAAUCACUACAAGAAUUUCUUCAAUACUCCAGCUUCCAACCAUUUGGCAUUUGACAUACCUGCUGGGAGCCUGAUUCCAUCUCACCUCACUUCUUCACUCAUUGCUCCGGUUACUAUGGAGGAGAUUAAAAACAUAGUUUUUUUAGGCAAUUCUAAUACGGCCCCUGGCCCCGACGGCUUCACAUUCGACUUUUAUAGAUCCACUUGGAAUGUCUUACAGCACCAACUUUGUAGAGCUGUCUCCUCUUUCUUUACUACUGGUUUCAUGCCUAAUCAGAUUAAAGCAACUGCUAUUGCCCUCAUCCCUAAGCAAACUCAUGCUACCAAUGUCAAAGACUACAGACCUAUUGCCCUAUGCAAUGUCAUUUACAAAAUCAUAACAAAGAUCAUUGCAAAUAGAAUGAAGUUGGUGAUGCCGCAUAUUAUCCACCCUAGCCAAGGUGGUUUCAUACAUAAGAGAAUCAUUUCUGAUCAUAUCAUUUUGGCUACUGAUAUCCUUGGUCGCUUUAACCUUAAAGCCAAACACAAAUACUUAUGUACCAAGUUUGACAUUACUAAAGCAUUUGACAUGGUGUCUAGAGAUUUUCUUUACAAAAUAUUAGAAGAUAAAGGCUUCCCUAGCUUGUUUAUCUCUUGGAUCAAAGCUUGCACCUCCAAUGUACACUUCUCUAUUUGCAUUAACGGGGUGCUUGAAGGCUAUUUUAACUCCACCUCGGGCAUCAGGCAAGGAUGUCCUCUAUCACCCUACCUCUUUUCUGUCAUCAUGGAUGGAUUGUCCUCUAUUUUUGACAUUGCUACUGCUAGCAACUCCCUCCAAGCUAUCAAAGUUGGUAGGUGUGAGGUUUCACAUCUUAUGUUUGAUGAUGAUCUUUUAGUGUUUUGCAAUGCCACUGUGAGGAAUGCCCACACUAUUAAAUCCAUUAUGAAAGAUUUUGCUACUGUCACCGGUCUUAAUGUGAACCCUCUUAAAAGUUCUAUUCUGCUAUCUAAGAACACUCCGGCUGCUGAUGAUAUCUGUAAUAUCCUUAAUAUUCAGCAAUCCAUUUCACCCAUUAAAUACAAGGGUUUACCUAUUUUCUAUAGGAAACUGAGAUUAAGCGACUUUAAUCCUUUAAUUCAAAGAAUUAAUUCUCAGUUAGAGGGUUGGAAAGCAAAAACGUUAUCUUUGGCUGGGCGUGUGCAAUUUAUUAAAUUCACUAUCUCUAACACCUUGGCAUACUGGAUUCGUGGCUCUAUCAUACCCAAAGGUUGCUGUAAGCAAAUUUCUAGGCUAUGUUCUAGAUUUACUUUUUUUGGCAAUAUUCAAGAGAGGAAACUUGUUACUGCUUCCUGGAGUAAAACUUGCUGCCCCAAAAUAUAUGGGGGACUAGGCAUUCCUUCUAUCAACUCUCUUAAGCAUAGCUAUGCUUGUUCUAUCAUUUGGAGGUUCUUAAACGCUGAUUCCCUUCUCUUUUCCUGGUGGAGAGCUAAUUAUCAAUCGCUUUGGAAGCCUAAGACCAAAAACAACUCUCAUUACUGGGAUUAUUUGUGUGUUAAAGCUAAUGAGAUCAAAAACCGCCUUACUCUCUCUGUAAAUGCUUCCAGCAACCUAUCUUUCUUUUGGGACCCUUGGUGUAGGGGAAUUUCCGUGGCAGAUUACUUGAUGAGCACGAACAACACUUCCAGUCUUUCCUCUCUCUUUGACUGUACUGUCUCCCAGCUCAUUUUAGCUGAUAACUGGAACCUUCCUAAUUGUUUGGAUAACCAAAUGGCUACUAUCAUUCUUUCUGUUCUUGUUGAUAAUUAUUCUGAGUACCACCUCUGGAACAACAAGCAAAAUCCCACUUUUAAUGAUUUCAAUUCCCAGUUUUAUGAAAAUCUGAAUGUGGUUCCUUGGCAUAAAUACAUUUGGCAUAAGCACAAUGCUUGGAUGAUGUUUAAUGAGGGUUUAAAAAUAGCGGAUGUUCUUACUGUUCGGGGUAUUUCGGUUCCAAAUACCUGUUGUUUUUGCCACAUUGAUAGGGAGUCUAUUACUCACCUAUUCUAUGAAUGCAGCUACAGUUUUUAUAUUGCCAGAGCUCUUUUCCCCUGGAUGCAUAAUCUUUUUAUGAGGCCAAAUUUUCACCAGGUUUUUUAUAGCAUUUGUGAGCAAGAAAGUGGUGCUGUUAAAAAAUCUGCGAUGGAAACAGUAAAACUAUAUGGAUUUGGGUUUUGGGGUGUUUCUGUGGUACCGGACUUCUCCUUGAUGUCUUUCUUUCAAUUGCCUGGUUGGUGGUUUUUCAUUGUUCUGGAGGUGCAGUUCAUUAUGCUGGAUGCUGAGGAAAACUUUGAUAGGACGAUGAUGAACGCUGAACCGAUUUCAGCUACCCCUUGGAUGGUCUUCUGGGCAACCAGGGGCUAUGCUCAUAUCAACACCCAAACGCGAUUUUGA